GCACACAUCCAGUAUAGCAUGGACAUAUAUCCAUAUGCACUCCACGCAGUCAUCAUCCAGCAAAGAUGAUCUUCCUCGCCAAUAGCCAACAUGAUAGCAACAGCCCAAAUACUAGCUAUGCUAGACAUGGCUGUGAUGCCCUACUCCAUCCCUUUGUGCACAACCUCACCGCCUCCUAUGCAGACCAGAGAAAUGAGUCCACCAUGGUGUUCACCUCCGUCGUCAUGUUCAUGCUCGCCGCGCUCUUCUUCAACCUAAACCUCUUCAGCCGGCUCUCCGACGUGAGCGCCAUCCUCAACCCCACUGUCCGGCUCUUCCUCUCACCCUCGCUGUCCCUCUUCCUCCCCGUCAUGUCGUACCUCUUCUCCGAGGCCAAGAACGAAGGCGCUGCCUUGGCUGCUGCUAGUUACAGUACUAGCUCCAGUUACAGUCGACAGCUUGGUGGUGGUGCUACCGAGCUGUCGCUGCGAGCCCGGACGAUCCUGAUGUGGAUGCUUCUUGUGGAGCUCCUCCGCAAGAAGGUGGAGGCGAUCCUGGUGAGCGUGGGUGCGCAGUCCUACUCGAGCACCAUCGACCGCGCUUCCCGCAUCGCUUGGCUGGGCUACCUCGUCUUCUACAACCUGAGCAGCACCGGCAAGAAGGCAAUCUAUGGCACCUUAUGGGUCCUCGCUGCUGCGAAGCUGCUGCAGAGGGUCGCCAUCAACGAGCUGCUCAAGCGUUCCUUCGCCUACGGCAAGAACGCCGAGCAGCUCAGCUGGUACAUGGCCCAGAUUGAGAAGCAAGACCAUCAGCUGCAAGAAGUUGGAGACGAUGGAGCAGAGCUAUUGAACAAGUGCAAGUACGCUGUUAUGGGAGAGGAGGACUUGGAGAUGAAGGUUAGCCCCAUGGAGGGCUAUCAUCUGGAGCUGAAGGAUAACGUCGUCGUCACGGUUGGCGAUAUUUGGACACAGGACAUGGGCGACCUACUCCAACAAGAUCCAAGUAUUAAAAGGCUAUGCCUCUCCUUCGCACUCUACAAGCUGCUACGCCGGAGGUUUGAGGACCACCCCAUCACCGACGUGGAAACCAGCAGCUGCCGGAGCCUUAUCUUCAGAGGCCUGCUCAAGGAGCUGCUGCGAAGCACAGAGGUUGCACUGUCAACCCAAAAGGUUGAGGUGGAGCGCAACGAGGACGAUCUGAAAGACACGGUGGUCGCAGUUGCUCUGUUCCAAGUGUUCUACGAGGAGAUCCAGUUCCUGUGCGAAUACUACCACUCUGUUCUACCCGUCGUGCUCUCCAACCCCUUCUUCUUCCUAGCCAACUACAUCCUGUUCCCCAUCGUAGUAUGGGCCUUCUGCCUCCUAACCUUCAUCCUCUGCGGCAACGGGGACGUGGUGUACGCGUACCGCAGUAUCACUACCGACAACUACAUCAUAUCGACCGGCACGAUGAAGGUCUGGGAGUUCCUCGUCUUCAUCCUCUCCAACUGGCUCAUGGUGUCUCUUCUCUGUGAGUACACCGCCAAGCGCCGCUGGCGCGACAGCCGCAUCAGAGCCGGGCUCAUCCGCGGCAUCCUGUGGGUACGGAGGAAAAUGAGCCGGCCCAACCUCUGCUUCAAGCAAGUCUCUGUGCUUGGGUUCGGCCGCCGUCUACCAUCCAUGUCCCUGCCUAAGAAGAAGGCAGUGCCCACGGAAGUGAAGAAGUUCAUCAUGGAUUACAUAGUGGCUCACAUCCAUGGCCACCACGUUGAUGCUCCUCUCAGCAAUGGCUGGUCCACGCUGCAGAAGUACAGCUCCCAUCAGCUCUCAAAUGCGUGCGAGAGCAAGAGCGUCGCCGAGGUCAUCCUCACCUGGCACAUCGCUACCAGCCUCUUGGAGGUGAAGUACCCGCUGCAAAAGAAGAAGAAGACCCCGGUGGGAGCUCAUCGUCAGGUGGCGACGACCCUGUCUGGGUACGCUGCUUACUUGGUGGUCUCGCGUCCGGAGCUGCUCCCUGACAACAUUGAAGGGACCAAGCGUGUGUACAGUGACACGAAGGACGAGCUCAAGGACGUGUUGGGAGGGUGUUGGAGGUACCAUGUGUCUCAGCAAGGAACCCGCUUUGACAAGCUGGUCGAGGUCGCAGAAAGGCCGGAGGAGGAGACGGCGGCGGCGGCGGCGGCCGUGGUGCGCAAGGGGGCAAAGUUGGGGAACAAGCUGAUGCAGAUGGCGGAAGCAGGUCGAGGGGAGGAUCAAGUGUGGGAGCUUCUGGCCGACCUCUGGAUGGAGCUGACGGUGUACCUGGCACCGUCGAGCGGCGAGCUUCACGUCAAGGCACACAAGGAGGCCCUGGCGCUGGGUGGCGAGUUCAUCACCGUGCUCUGGGCGCUUUGCACGCACACCGGUAUAACCAGGCCGGCCGUUGCGCCGUGGGAGGCAACAGCAGGUGUUUCGUGUCAUCCAUAGUGCAUGCCGUGUGCCGUGUCAUGUGGGAGCAUUUCAUUCAUUCUUCUGAAUGGAUGCAUUGCCGUGUGGUGUGAUGUUCCAUGCAUGUUCGGAUUUUGGUCGUCUGUCUUUCCGGCAGCAUCGUGGUGUGGCUUUGAUUUCCCUUUUUGUGAUUUGCCCGAAAUACAAUCUGAAAUUUGCCAUUGAAAUAAUUUGCAAUCCAAAAUUUUCCAUCGAUGUGUCGCUGACACGGUCACAGCUGAUGGUGGCAAAUUUCAGAUUCAAAACACAGUUGCAUUGGCACGAGGAGUAUUAUCCAAAAUGUGUAAGUCUCUCGCUCAAGAAAAUUGUUAUAAUCUGAUUGA